ACAGCUGAAAGAGGACGUGAAGGGGCACGAGGGACUUCCUGUUCAGGCUUUAACUUUGACAGAAGAAAGGAGACAAAACAACCAUCGGGACACAGCCGCGCAGUUUAAGAAAACGAUGUGCGCGUCUGCAUCAGAACUUACGGUCCAAGCUGUAGACUCCGUCAGGAAUGCAUGGGGCGUUUAGGUGCAUCUCGUAAACUCAGCAAUCGUACCCCCAGAAGCCGUGGUGUUUAUUUGAACGGCUGUGGUAUUAUUAUUAUCAGAAACGUGGUGGCCACAAGAGACCCAGACAUCAUGGCUCCCAGCACCAUGACAACGCCUCAAACAAGAAUCGGAAGAUUCACAUGGAUGACAAACAGUACAGCUGUGAUCAAUGCCCAUCCACUUUCGCUCGACUGCAGACUUUCUUAACGCACCAGCGUGUUCACACAGGAGAGAGACCGUACAGCUGUGACACAUGUGGCUCAGCUUUCACUCAGUUGUCUCAUCUGAGGAGGCACGAGCGAAGUCACAUCGGGAAGAAACCAUACAGGUGUGAUCAGUGCCCUUCCACUUUCACUCAACUAAGUGGUUUCUUGAUCCACCAGCGUGUUCACACAGGAGAGAGACCGUACAGCUGUGACACAUGUGGCUCAGCUUUCACUCAGUCAUCCCAUCUGAGGAAGCACAAACGAAGUCACACCGGGGAGAGGCCAUACAGCUGUGAUCAGUGUGGUCAGACUUUUACUCUAAAAUGUAGUCUGAACACUCACUGCAUACGUUUGCACACAGCAGAGAAACCAUACAGCUGUGACCAGUGUGGUAAAAGUUUUGCAUUGAAAUUUUCCCUGAAAGUCCACCAGCAAAUCCACACCGGAGAGAGUCCGCCCUGGUGUGAGGAGUGUGGAAAACCUUUUUCUCACACGUGCUCCCUUAAAAGUCAUCAAAGAGUUAUCAUUGGAGAAAGGCCGUACAGCUGCGACAAGUGUGGGAAAAGUUUCAAGCAGAAAUGUAUUUUACAAAAACACAGCAAAACUCACACUGGAGAGAAGCCAUACAACUGUGAGGAGUGCGGGCAGAGUUUCACCCGCCCGUGCUCUCUGAGGAAACAUCAGCGUAUCCAUACCGGAGAAAGACCGUACAGCUGUGAUGAGUGUGGGAAAGCCUUCAGUCGGCAGUUCAGCCUGACAUGUCACAUGCGAAUCCAUACAGGAGAAAAACCAUACUGGUGUGAGGACUGCGGGCAAACGUUCCGUCACAAGGGCACCUUCAAACAACACCGAGAACAACAUCAGAACAGGACAGAGAACUUGGAGCUGGGAUCAGCAGAAGUCUCUUUAUAAAAUAACCAUUUCAUGUUUCAUGUAGAAGAUUUUCAGAUCUUCUUCCUUUUUACUGUCUGCAGUGGAAUUCCAUCUGAGAUUGUUCUAUUGUUCAGAACAUCAUAAACACAUUUGUGUGG